AGGACCCAAAGAUGACACACUCGUCUCACCUUAAUGAAAUACAAAACAGACAAACACAGUUUUAACUUGCUUGCUAAAAUGCCAAGACUUCGUCAAGUGAUACGCAAAAAUAACAUAUUAUUCUAUGGAAUUAUCAUAUUCAUGUUUACAACUGGAUAUAUUCCAUUAAAUUUUCUAAUUGGUAAAUCUCGUAAAUUGCAAAUAGCUCUCCACAGAAAGAAGGAUUUUAGCAAUUUGAUCAAAUAUGAAAAACGGACACUUCAGCCUUAUUUUGUUAAAGAUGAUCUCAAGAAUGUUCUAGUCGAAACAAAACUGAUUUUAUUUUACACAAAGUUCUUUGGGGAAACGGAUCGGCAUAUUGCAAGAUCAGAUCAAAUCUUUAACAGGUGUCCUAUUGAGUAUAGAUGUAAGCUAACAGAGGAUAAGAGUCUAAUGGUGAAAAGUAGCGCUGUGAUUCUGCACGCACGGGACAUUUACGGGGGGCCCAUGAUGGGUCUACCGAAAGAGCGUUCAGAUGAUCAAAGAUGGAUCUACUACAACCUAGAGUCACCUAGCUAUAUGGCUAGCCCUGCCUGGACUUUUAAUGGAGUUUUUAAUUGGACCAUGACGUACAAACUAGAAUCUGACAUCCCAAUUCCAUAUGGGCAUAUGGAGGAAACAGUAGACCACACUAUACAAAAACCUAAACUAGACACUAAGUUCAAACUUGCGUUUUGGCGAGUAAGCAACUGUGAGACGCUAAGUUUACGAGAAAAGUUUGUUGAGGAUUUACAGAAUUAUAUACCAGUUGAUAUUUACGGCCAGUGUGGGGAUCUUAAAUGUGAAAUAAAUGAUUCGAGUCUUUGCGAUGAAUUCUUUUCCAAACAUUACAAAUUCUACAUUGCCUUUGAGAACUCAUUAUGCAGAGACUACAUCACUGAAAAACCUUGGAAAAUUCUAGAAUCAAUGGAUGUAGUUCCCAUAGUAAUGGGAAAUGCAGAUUACACAAAACAUCUACCAAGAGGGUCAUACAUUGAUGUCAGAGACUUCAAAACGCCAGAAACUCUCGCGAGACACCUUAUAUGGUUAGACCAGAAUGAUGAAGCUUAUUUAAAACAUUUUAGUUGGCGGAGUCAUUCCAUUGCGACAAUGAAUGACUAUCCAAGCUGGUGUAAACUGUGCGAGAUGUUACAUAAUAGAUCCCUCCCAAGGCAAGUUUAUAACAACCUUGGUGAUUGGUUCAAGCCUGAAAGUGACUGUAUAACUCCGAGACAAUUUCUACCAUCAUGGACUUGAAAGAUGGUGCAGGCCUCUAGUCAAGGGCAUUAGGGUGGUUCAAGUAACCCCCCUUGGCCAAAAAUUCUUUCAAAAUCAUUCAGUGAUACGACUGUGUAACACACCAUGACAAUUUCUGCCGUCAUGGACUUGAAGCCUAGUACAAGCUGGGCAUAGCUAAUGACAUUAGGGUGGUUAAAUUAACCCCAUCCCUGGCCAAAAUUUCUUUCAAAACCAUGCAGUUACACAAUUUCAAGCACUUUUCAGGUGAUUUAAGGCCAAAAUUGUCAAAUUUGAGCUCCCUGGAUCUUUUAGAAACUGAAUCUCUUUUUGCUAAAGCUUGCCAUGGGCCUGAUUGUUUCCCUUGGAGUAGAUAAAGAGUUAUUUUUCAUAAUAUUUUUUUUUUACAUAUGAUUAUGAGUAUGUUUUCAAGCUGGAUAAAAACAUUGACUUAAAUAAUAAAUAUGCAAGGAUAAUACACAUUGUGUUCUUACCUGCUAGACUAGAGACAUUGACUAUGCGCCCCUGGGCCUGUCGUAUAAGAGGCAAGAAUUUUUUUGUAACAAAUAUUGGUCCCUUUAAGUUUGUAUUGAGGACUUUGUCAACGAUACAGUUAGGAGUUAGUUCUAUGUCUGCAAUAUAGGCUACUCCAGCAUUGUUCACCAAGCCCCAUAGACCUGAAAUUAGAGACAAAAUUAAUUUCAGUUUUAAUAUUUAGUUCAAUAGAAAUGUUUGAUCAGAUAUGCUAGCCAUGG